CCGCCGCCCGGCCGCUCCUGCCUGGACCGCCGGGGCCACUGCCUCCACCGAGACCUGCUCCAUCGCGGCAGCUGCUGCUGCGCGCAUCUCGGCUCCGAGGAAGUUGACCCGGGCGGGCGGCUGCGGCAGGAUCUCGCCGCGCCUGGUCCCUGCGCAGCCCGCGCCUCCUCGCACACCCCCCGCUGCCUCCUGCGUGCUCCACUUUCCAUCUCCGCUAUUGUUACCGAUUGCAUUUUGCCGGCCAUCCUGCCUCUGAAACUUACAAAGAAAGUGUUGCAUCUCCCCCCGCCUGGAAGCGAGGGAUUGCAGCCUGCCUCUGCGGUGGCCGGAUCCCAACCCCCCCUCCGUUUCCUUCGGGUACCGAAGUGCUUCUGCCACCCCCAAGUGCCAUGUCGGAGCUGCUCAAGGGAAGAAGGGACCUCUGAGACGUGCCCACGCCUCUGCACCUGCCGGGAGCUGCCCGUUCCCCGGUGGCCACUUUCCCCGGCCGAAGCUGCACCGAGGAAGCCCCUCUGGUUCUCCGAGGCCGGAGCGCUGAGGCUGGCUUUGGGGGAGGAAUAUUAGACUAGGAGGAGUCUGCGCGCUUUUCUCCCAGAAAAAAAAAAAACCCGCGCCUUUCCAUCGCCGCUAGUUCGCUGCUGGGUCCCAGCUCUCCCCCACCCCACCCACUUCCUGUGCUCGCCCGGGGGCGUGUGCCGCGCGGCUGCAGGAGGAGUUCGGGGAAGUUGUGACUGUCGAGGAUGGGGGUCUGUGGGUACCUGUUCCUGCCCUGGAAGUGCCUCGUGAUCGUGUCUCUCAGGCUGCUGUUCCUUGUACCCACAGGAGUGCCCGUGCGCAGCGGAGAUGCCACCUUCCCCAAAGCGAUGGACAACGUGACGGUCCGGCAGGGGGAGAGCGCCACCCUCAGGUGCACCAUUGACAACCGGGUCACCCGGGUGGCCUGGCUGAACCGCAGCACCAUCCUCUACGCCGGGAACGACAAGUGGUGCCUGGACCCCCGCGUGGUUCUCCUGAGCAACACCCAAACCCAGUACAGCAUCGAGAUCCAGAACGUGGACGUGUAUGACGAGGGCCCGUACACCUGCUCUGUGCAGACGGACAACCACCCCAAGACCUCGCGGGUCCACCUCAUCGUGCAAGUAUCUCCCAAAAUUGUAGAGAUUUCUUCAGAUAUCUCCAUUAAUGAAGGAAACAAUAUCAGCCUCACCUGCAUAGCAACGGGCAGACCAGAGCCCACGGUUACCUGGAGACACAUCUCCCCCAAAGCCGUGGGCUUUGUGAGUGAAGAUGAAUACUUGGAGAUCCAGGGCAUCACGAGGGAGCAGUCCGGGGACUACGAGUGCAGCGCCUCCAAUGACGUGGCCGCACCCGUGGUACGGAGAGUGAAGGUCACCGUGAACUAUCCACCGUACAUCUCUGAAGCGAAGGGGACAGGCGUCCCCGUGGGACAGAAGGGGACCCUGCAGUGUGAAGCCUCGGCAGUCCCCUCCGCAGAAUUCCAGUGGUACAAGGACGACAAAAGGCUGGCUGAAGGAAAGAAGGGGGUGAAAGUGGAAAACAGACCCUUCCUCUCGAAGCUCAUCUUCUUCAAUGUCUCAGAGCACGACUAUGGGAACUACACGUGUGUCGCCUCCAACAGGCUCGGCCACACCAAUGCCAGCAUCACACUCUUUGAACUAAAUGAGCCCACAAGCUCAACUUUGUUGCAAGGCCCAGGCGCCGUCAGCGAGGUGAGCAACGGGACGCCGAGGAGGGCAGGCUGCCUUUGGCUGCUACCUCUCCUGGUCUUCCUCCUGCGCCAGUUUUGAUGUGAGUGCCACGCCCGCACCAGGGAAGCUGCCGCCACUGCAACCACCAACCCUCCAGCAAAGGCACCUCCGACAGCAAGAGCAAACCCCUUUCCAACUAAGAUGUAAUCAAACGCCAUUCCGAGACACAGACGAUUGGGACACACAUUCGAGGGAGGGGAACAAAGAACACUUUGGGAAAUCACGUUUCAAAAGGAAAUCGAAAAAUCGAUCGCCUUGCAGGCCGGGCAGAUAUGUAGGUACAGCUGAGUUUUCUUUCUUUUCCCACAUGGGAGGAGCGCACCCCUGGCUUUGGAUACCCGCCCGCCAGCUGCAUUGUUUCCGGGGUGGAGGAGGGCUCAGCCGCUCUGCCCACUCCAGGGCCCCUGCCAAGGAAAAUUCUGGAGUCGGCCGUCCCCAAAUUCUAUCCGUCACUAGAAGCGAACACAGAGUGAGGCGUGCGCCCCCAUGUGCCGCGGGGUCCCCCCCGCUGUAGACUGUGCCACUGUCGUGUGUGCUAUGAAACGCAAAUUUAAAAAGCAAAUCAAUAAAAAGGAACCUAAACAAAACAGCCUGAUGGCGACCAACCCCCACAGUCAGCAGUCACACAGGCCCCGUUCACCUCUGUGUUCCCCUCACUACAUGGGCAUCGUGGAUCAUAAGGGAUUCUGGUUCACUGUUAAUUCUAUUUUCUGACGUGAGUCUAGGACUUAGCUGGAAAACAAGGCAACACUAAACACCACACACACAUGAAAGGGGUGACGAGAAGUAUGUUUGUUAAAAAAAGAUGAAAAUGAAUAGUGCACUUCUUAACUAGGUUUACAACCGGUGGACCCCACGCCGGGCAUUAACCGCCCGGUGAGGAUUUGGCGAAUCCACCAAAACAAAACACACACACACAUAUGAUUUAACCAACACGUCCACCAGCGCUACAGCUUUCUCCUCAUCCUGGCAUUUAAUGCAGACACGACUAUGCUUCUCCGUGCUGUUUAGAAGUGGAAGGGGGGUCUGCACCCGACCUUGCGUUUGUUGGCUCUGCUUCUUUUGAUGACAUAUAUUAUACAGUAUAUAUAUACAUAUAUAUACAUAUAUUUUUUUUGUUAAGAGUUCUAGCCCUUUUCUUUCUCAGCAGGUCCGUUCUCAGACAUUACUGCAUGCUGUAUAUGGCGUUAGCUGUGUGUUGACCUUCUAAAAGAUGAUAGAGUUUACUGGUACUUGUGUAAUCAGCUCCUGCCUCUAUUUUUUUUCUUUUUUUUCCUUUUUUUUGCGCGCGUUAUCCACAUGUCAGAGACAUUUAUACGCAGUGAAACGAGAAAACGACACUAACACCAGGCACAGCCUCUGUUCCAGGUGUGGCUCCCGGAGGGGGUCCGCCCAGGCGCCGCCCCCUCCACCCCGCACAAACACGCCACCGAACCAGCUAAACAGCCAGUAACCACUCGCUCGAGCCCUAUGGGAAUCUCUGAUGCCUUUGUGACCACUGGAGAAUUGAACCCUCUUGGUUUCUUUUAUUUAAUGUCCCACCUGUGUGUGCGUGUGUAUGAAAGAGAAGAAAAUGCAGUUUUUAGAUAAUCUUUUUUCCUCCCCCCGGAGUCUGGGGACCAGAGAGGCCUCGGGGAGGGGUCCUGGGUGUGAUGAGGGAAAGUGGGAUUGGGGUUCGGGGAGGGAGGGGUUGUCUCUGACUUGACAUUAAAAAGUGUUCCAUGUCCCUCUUCA